AUGUCGAGCAAGGUAUCGUCGUGCCGGAUUCCCUCGUUGAAUCUGAAAUUGUUGGCAGUAGAGUCUGUAGCUAUGGUUGCUGUGAAUGGUGUCGAAGAUGAGGCAGGGACAUCUUCAGGUCGGGAUGUACUGCUUGCAAUCCAGAAAUAUCAGGCAAAACGUAAACAAAUAGAAGAGGAGGAAGCGCGAAGACGGCGGGAAGGUCUUUUAUCAGAUGAAGAAGAUACUAGUAUGGAUGAUGUCUUUAUCCCUGCUAGACUACGGAAGAAAGAAAAAAUGCAUCGAAGAGCCUUGCUGAAACAAGUAUUGCAUGCAAAAGGUGGCGCUCCAGAUGUGAAUACAGAACAAGAAGAUUUGGAGUUUUUCGAGCGAAAGCGGCGCAAAAAAGAGGAGGAAAGAAAAGCAGAAGAAGCGAAAAAAUCACUUCUUGAAAAACAUAAUGAACUCUUGGAAGCAGAAGUUGGAGACAAAGAUUCGGAAAAAAAGAAGCGAGAAGAGGAGCAAAAAUUACUGGAAAGUGUUGCGCCUGGAACAGCUCUUAUGGCUGUUGCUGAAAUUGCUAAAGGUGUCAGAUACGAUGAAUCAAUUAAGACGAGUUGGCAUCCUCCCCGCCAUAUAUUGGCAGUGAGUGACGAGGAGCAUGCGACAAUGCGCCGGAAGAAAGGAAUUUUGGUAGAUGGUGAAAAUGUACCUCCACCAAUUGGUAGUUUCAUUGAGAUGAAAUUUCCUCCUCCAGUAAUCAAAGCUUUACGUGAUAAGAAGAUCAUUUGUCCAACUGUUAUCCAAAUGCAGGGAAUACCAGUUGCACUUUCAGGACGCGACAUGAUUGGUAUAGCUUCAACCGGUUCUGGUAAAACUUUGACAUUUGCAUUACCAUUGAUUAUGUUUUGCUUGGAACAGGAAGUAUCCCUACCAUUUCGACAUGGUGAAGGGCCAUAUGGUUUAAUUAUUGUACCUUCGCGUGAAUUAGCGAAGCAGAUCCAUGAUGUCAUCGAAAAGUUGUUUGAGAAUAUUUGCGAUGGCACGAAGUUUCCUAGACUUCGAGUUGGUCUAUGUAUUGGUGGGUUACCAAUUAGUGAACAGGCUAGGGUUUUUGAAAGAGGUGUUCAUGUGUGUGUUGCAACGCCUGGUCGUUUAUCAGAUUUAUUGAGCAAAAAAAUUUUCAAUUUGCAAGUCUGCCGAUACUUGGUGCUGGAUGAAGCAGACAGAAUGCUUGAUAUGGGUUUCGAAGAAGAAAUAAGGACUAUAUUUUCAUUUUUCAAGGGUCAGCGGCAAACUUUACUCUUCUCAGCUACAAUGCCACGUAAAAUACAGAACUUUGCUCGAUCGGCUUUAGUUCGUGCUGUAAUUGUAAAUGUUGGACGUGCUGGUGCUGCAUCAUUAAAUGUUGUUCAGGAAAUUGAAUAUGUUCGAGCUGAUGAAAAACUUAUUAGGAUAUUGGAUUGUUUGCAGAAAACAGCUCCAAGAGUUUUAAUAUUUGCGGAGAAAAAGAGUGAUGUGGACAAUAUUUAUGAAUAUUUGUUAGUGAAAGGAGUUGAUGUUGCUUCCUUACAUGGCGGGAAAGACCAAAAGGACCGUCAUACUGGCGUAGAUGCAUUCAGGCGAGGUGAAAAAGAUGUUCUGGUAGCAACCGAUGUUGCUUCGAAGGGUUUAGAUUUCGAAAAUAUUCAGCAUGUAAUUAAUUUCGAUAUGCCUGAAGAUAUCGAAAAUUAUGUACAUCGUAUUGGACGUACAGGGCGUUCUGGUCGAAAAGGAAUGGCGACAACCUUCAUUAAUAGAAGAGCGGAUAUAUCUGUGCUGCAAGAUUUACGAGCUUUACUGCUUGAAGCGGGUCAAGAAUUGCCCUUAUUCCUUCGAGAUAUGGGUGGUCCAGAAUUGGAGCAACCAAAUGAUUCUGCAAAUGCUGAUGAUAAGGGCUGUGCAUAUUGCUCCGGAUUGGGCCAUCGUAUCACAAAUUGUCCAAAAUUAGAAAAUGUUCAGACAAAGACAGCAGCUUAUCUUUCUCGUCCGGAUUACGGAGGUGAAGGAAUUUGAUACACUUAAGGGAUGUGCAAAGUAUUUUCAGUAUAUCUUUUGAAGUAUUGCCUGUUUUGAGUAAAACCUAUUUAGGUUAUUUUUCUUUAUCGAAGUAAAAGUCAGUUGGUUGUUAGAGCAACCGGAAAUAGGCCAAACACAUCUUAAAUAGGCAAGCUGGAGUAGAACAUUUCUUCAUGUGUUCCAGUUUUUCAUACUUUGCAGAUUCUUUCGCUGUUGAAUAUUUUUCAAAACUUCAUUUGUACCCGAAAACUUCUAACGAAGGAAUUUGUUUCAAAAUAAUUCUUUCCAAAGCAUAUGUUGAGCAAAACGAAAAUUAUUUCUUUACGGUGGCUCUUUGUGCUCUAUUGUGCAUGGGGAUCAUUAAUUCGGAAACAAUUAUGCAUUAG